AUGGAGCCGCCGCCUCAGGCGGGCCCCUCCCCCUCCGUCCGCGUCCUCUCACGCACGCCCCCGCCGACCUCCUCCCCCUCCCCGCAGCCCCCCGCCGCGGCCCAGCCCUCGCACGACGGCGUCGUCGCCGUCGGCUUCGUCGGCGGCGGGUGGACCGCCCGCCUCGCCGACAGGAUCCUGGACGGCCAUGUGUUCUCCCCUGGUGGCUCGGCUGUGGCCCUCUCGGGCGGAGUCAGGUACCACCGCGACGGGGAGAAGAGGAUGGUGUUCCUGCACCUCGCUCCGUCGCCGCCGACACCUCUGGAGGGGGCCGGCGAUCUACGGGAGCUGCUCUUCAUGUUCUCCGUUUGCCAUGUAAUAAUAUUUCUCCAAGAAGGCUUCCGGUUCGACACACAGAUUUUGAAGAAAUUUCGUCUGUUGCAAUCCUCAAAGCAUGCUUUUGCACCGUUUGUGAGGUCACUAGUAGCUCCUGCAAUGCCAUCGAAAGGUGCUCGCUCUAACACUCCAACAAAGCCUACCCACAGAUCUUCAUCCAUCUCCCCUCCAGCACGUCGUGGAGGUCGUCAUCCCUCUGCAAUCUCACUGAUGUCAGGAACCGGCUCACAUCCUUCUAUGUUGCCAGGACUAUGCAUCCCUGUUGUUUUGUUUGUCUUUGAGGAUGAUAUCAUUGAUGGUCCAGGUGCUGCAACAAGUCUGGAUGAUACAAGUGACACAUCUUCAUCAAAUCAAGCUUCAAAUACUGAUGGCUUGCCAAAAGCUAACAUGACUUCAAAAGGCACUAGUUCAGUGGUUAUGCUUGCCAGGCCAGCAAAUAGAUCUGAUGGUAGUUUCAGCAAGAAGCUGCAUUCCUCUGUAGAAGGUCAGAUACGUUUCUUGCUAAAGAAGUGUCGGACACUUGUGGGUCUGGAGCCAGGCCAUAUUGUUUCGAGGGGUGCCAGCAAUGCGAACCAUCUACCUUUGUUCUCACUUGAUACAUCAAGGGUUGUUGCACUGUUGGACCGGACAAUUAAUAAGAAAAGGGAGCCAUUGGAUAUCAUUGCAGGACUGUUUGAGGACUCUUUGACAUUGAAAUCAUCAUUGGAUGUUUCUUCAGUGGAAAACAAUUGCCAUCCAGCAACCCAUGAAGAUGUUCAGUUCAUCAAGGAUUUUAUAUUUCGGCAAUCUGAUGGGCUGAGAGGGAGAGGGGGACACUCAAGCAAUGCAACUUCUGGUUCUGUUUCUGGUGUCGGUAUGGUGGCAGCAGCUGCAGCUGCUGCUGCAGCAUCAGCAGCAUCCGGGAAGCAAAUGGGUGCUCCUGAUCUCCCUAGUUUUGAGACAUGGUUGUCUAUAAGUUCAUCUAUUUUGUCUGUGCUGAUUAGUGGGGAAGAUGGGUUGAGCAGUUCUCAAAGCAAGAAGGGAUCACCUACUCAUAUAAGCUCUUUCCCAAAGAAUGAUCAACUUCCUUCAGCAGGAUCCAACGGUAUUCAAACUGCUUUAUCUUGCUUAGAAAGCAACAAGGGGCUUAAUAUGAAAUUUUCUUCAUCAUGGUGCCAAAGGGUGCUACCAGCUGCUAAGGAGGUGUAUUUGAAAGAUAUGCCUGCCUUUUACCCAACCAGCAUGCAUGAAGUGCAGCUACAGAAAGCUUUACGAUCCUUUCAUUCAAUGGUUAAAGGACCGGCUGUCGAAGUAUUCUCCAAGAAGCUAAAAGAUGAAUGUCAAGCAAUAUGGGAAUCUGGAAGGCAGCAGUGCGAUGCUGUCAGUCUUACUGGCAGACCAUGCAAGCACCAGAGACAUGGUAAAUUCUCUUCAUCAGAUGCAGUGGAACGGCAUUCUAGCGGAUAUGUUUUUCUCCAUGCAUGUGCCUGUGGCCGGUCGCGCCGCCUUAGGGAUGACCCCUUUGAUUUUGAGACGGCGAACGUGACCUUUAACUGUUUCUCUAAUUGUGAAGAUCUGUUACCUACUCUCGUGCUUCCAAGAGGGACCGAUGCUGGUUCAUUUCCAGUAUCCUCUUGGAGCUUGGUGCGACUUGGAGGAGCAAGAUAUUACAAGCCAACAAAAGGGCUGCUCCAAGCAGGUUUUUGCUCUAAAGAAAAGUAUCUUUUAAGGUGGACGAUAUCUCUUGGGAAAGGACAUGGUAAACACGGCACUCGUGCUACCACUAAACCUUCCUCCAUGGCAUCUAAUGCAGACCCUCAGGCUCUCCCUGUUUCUGUAGAGGUAAAAUCGACAGUGUCGCAAACCACGGCAGAAAUUAAAUCUGUGAAACUUGAAAGUUCUAGAAAACAGCCUGAAGUCGAGUCAAUGAACAACUCUAUUAAUUUUGGUAAAGGUCUUCCAAACUUUACUAUGAAGAAGCCGUUUGCUGAAGUUGUUGCUGGCCACACAGCAAAAGAUACCGAGUUUCCUGCUCUCCAACAGAAGAGACCAGUAAAACCUGGUAUCCGGAAAGAUGAGCGGCAAGUGAGUAUAACAGACCAAACUAAUGGCCAGGGUCAUGCAGCUCUUAGUCAAGGACCUAUAGCUGAAAAUGAAUCAGAGAAAGUAAUCAGAGAUAAGACUAAUGGAAGUUCUGACAGGAAGACUUUUCUGCAGAUAGGAAGCAAUAUAGUGCCAAUGGUUGUCGGAAAUGAGACUAAAGAAAUUAAUCCACCUGUACAGCAGUUUGUAGUAUAUGUCGGAUUUGAGCAUGAGUGUUCCUAUGGCCAUCGUUUCUUACUGUCAGAGAAACAUCUCAAGGAGAUUGAUUCUUCUUAUUUGCCAUUUGGAAGAUCUAAUCUAAAUAAUGAAGCAGAAAGCAAGCAUGGUUCACAAAAGUUGCACCAAAAUGCAUCUAGAUUAGCAGCAACAAUGGAUGUGACCAGCGGAGGGAAGCAUAGUAGGCCAACGGAUUCAUCAGGGAGAAACAGCCAGCAGCAAUUGCUUCAGCCCAAGGUUGACACUGCGACAUUGGAGCCUGCUCACUGGCUUUCAGAUCCACAGAAUGAAAAAAGGGGCGGACUUUCUCUUCAGUAUGUUACACUUGACGAUGGUGGAGAAGCAUUUUCACUUCUGAACAAAAAUCUGCCAAUAUAUAUGCACUGUCCACAUUGCAAGAGUUCAGAUAUGAAGGGAAAUCAAGAUGCAAAGUUUGCUGCUGCUGUUUCACAACUUCAACGAAUAUUUAUUGUGACACCUGAUUUCCCGGUCCUGCUGGCAAGCUGCCCAGUCAUACAGUUUGAGCCUUCAUGUUUGCCUUCAAAUGAUCAUGAGCAACAAGGAUUGUUCAGUCUUGGUUGUCGAGUCGUCCUUCCACCUGAGAGCUUUCUUACAAUGAGGCUUCCAUUUGUCUAUGGUGUUGAGACAAGAGAUGGAAAUACAACUCCCCUGAAAUACCUUGAGCAACAACCAGAACUCACAGCAUGGCUUGUUGGAGGCACAGCUUUGCAGAUUGUAUCAGUAGGGCAUGCUACUGAGAAAGAAGCCACUGUGAAGUGAAAAAUGUGGGCUCUAAAGAUACAUUGGUUUUGGUGCAUCCUAUUCACAUUUGUGAUGUGUAAUUGGACUCUUGCAUAGAGAUGUUGCUUCUCUUGGAUUUAUGUUGCUGUGCUAUGGAUACAACUCCAGCUUCUUUUCGCAUUGAGAAAUGGAGGUUCUCUUGACAAUAUAAAUGAUGCACAAUGGGUGCGUGCAGUGAACUGGAGAUGCAGGCAACUGGACAUCACUUCUUGUACAUUAACAGGUGCCAGAAAUUUCUUGCUGAGGAAUUCAAGGGAUCAACUUCGAGAAUGAGAAUAAAAAACCAGAAACUUGUUCAUUUUCCAGCCUCUAUUGGAGAUAUGAAUGCUCCAGGUUGGCAGCAGCAGCCCCUUCAUGCAGCCAGGAGGUUGGAGAAUGUUGAAACUGGAAGGAAACGCAUGAGCCAGUCCUGUUUGACAAGUGUAAAGGCACAGAAAGUUGAUGAUAUCACAGUCGAGUCAAGGCAGCCAAGCCUGUGCGACGAUGCCUGCCCCUUUUUUUUUCACCUGCAAAACAACCGUUUCCACGUGAUCUGAAGAAUCAUUCAUUCCAGAAUGCUACUUGUUGUCACUCACUGUUCCAGGUCUGACACGUUGGUUACCUUCACUAUCUGUAUACUCAUCUACCAUUUUCCAGCCCUGGUUGAGUUUUUUUUUUUCCUCCCUUGUUUAGUCGUCAGUGGAGCAUCAGCAGAUGCUUUGAUAAGCAGAUGUGCUGCCUAACCUUUGCUUGGCCGAUAACUGAUCUGGACAUGAACACUUCCCUGCCUAAUCGACCAAAGUCGAAGUAAAUGCAAACAACAGUUUUGGUUGAGAGAGCCCUUUGCUUUCUCUUCCAGAAACUAGUUGUUUGCAGCUACUCAAUUUCUUCAGUUA